AAUGGCACAGAAAGAGAAGCUCCAAAGUCUGAAGGAUUUCCACAAGGACACGCUGAAGCCUUCGCCAGGGAAGAGCCCGGGCACGCGGCCGGAGGAUGAGGCCGAGGGCAAGCCCAUCCAGAGGGAGAAGUGGGCCAGCAAGCUAGACUUUAUCUUGUCCGUGGCUGGAGGCUUUGUCGGUUUAGGGAACGUGUGGCGCUUCCCGUACCUCUGCUAUAAGAAUGGUGGAGGUAGGCAUUCAAAUGAACAUGGGCCCUUUUUCCAUAGAAACAGGUCUUAAAGUGGGGGGUCACUUAAGUUAGGAAAUCGUUAUCAGGAACCUUCAAAGAAGUCAACUCAGGGACUGCAAUUACAGGAUUUUGCCUUGUGAAAUGGCUGUGGGUAGGCACAUACUGUAGACCCUGACAUUUGUACGCUAACUGUCUCUCUUUCUCUCCUUCACCCAGGUGCGUUUCUCAUCCCUUACACCAUCUUCCUGUUUGGUGGAGGCCUGCCGGUGUUCUUCCUGGAGGUGGCUCUGGGCCAGUAUACCUCUGAGGGAGGCAUCACCUGCUGGGAAAAACUCUGCCCCAUCUUCACAGGUGAGUCACCACACUGCUUCCCAUUGUCCCAAUACCAUUCUCCCAUAUUGCCCUUAGACCAGUCAUCAUCAGGGAAAGGAGGCAGGGAAAGGAGGCGGUGUAAGCCUUCUUGGGCAUGGUGUGAUGUACUGUAGGUGGUAACGUCAGAGACGGAGAAAGGGAUUAAUGAAGAGCCUAAACACUGCAGCGUUUCCGUUAGCAUUGCUUAGGCGGGGCCUGCUCUGUGCCAAGCCUGCUCCGUGCCUGCUUAGUGAUGUGUCCCAUCAUAGGAAAAAAAAUCAAAAAUGAAAAUGAUGUUGCCAGCCUUUGAGCUAGCCUUGAUGUUCUUUGCGUCCUGCUUAAAAAACUACAUCCAGUGACAAUACCCAGACUGUAGUUAGUUCUGUUGUUCUGACUGCUCUUGCAAAACUCCAUAACAGCACUGAUUAUGAUGUCUGUGGGCUGCUAGACUCAGUAUGUACACAUCGAGGUGUCCCUCGAUGUGUACAUUUUUACAUUGACAUUUUUAGUCAUUUAGCAGACGUUCUUAUCCAGAGCGACUUACAGUUAGUGAGUGCAUACAUUUUCAUACUGGUCCUCGGUGGGAAACGAACCCACAACCCUGGCGUUGCAAGCAACAUGCUCUACCAACUGAGCUACACGGGACACACUUACUUACACUGGACCACACUCACUUCAUUCAUUAACCAGCUCUGUGAUGUGUAAAAUACAUUAUUUAGCAUAGCAUGAGGAGCAGCCUGGUCCCAGAUCUGGAUGUGCUUCAGCCAAUUUAUCUGACUAUGCUUUUGUCAUGCAUGAUGAUUUGACUGAAGCACAUAACCCUACUGAUCUGGGACCAGGCUAAUUGUGGAUUGCCUAAUUUACAUUAGAGACUGGACGUGGUCAAACACCAAACACUGAACACUCACCAAACAUUGAGACUGGCCUAUUUUUGGCAGGUAAAUACAUACACACGCACACGUACACAUAUUUGCAGCCUUGGGUGUGUAAAGGAAUGCUGAGUUCCGUGUUACCAUGGAGUAGAGAAGAGCGAGCGCUCCGUAAGUUAUCUAUCGAUGGGAUCUGUGUAGGUCCGAUGGAUGGAUAUUAGCAUGAUGUUGUUAUUGCAGUCCUGGCGUCAGGUUAUGGCCCUACAACAUAUCUCCUUAUCAGUCAGGAUUUUCACUGUAAUAUACUAUAGGCAGACCAGUUGUAUCACGCAGACCAGUAAGUAGUAAGACAGCUGAAGAUAACAAAGCAGCAAUAGACCCCCUUCAGCUGUUUUAACACUAGUGAAGGCUCGCAGCCAUGAGCUGCUAUUCCAAGAAAGAAACAGUUGAAGACAAGGGCUGGGAGUGCAGCCGAUCUUUAGCAGCUGUCGAUGAGCUUGACUAAUCAAGGAGUGCUGAGGCAGCUGCCUGUCUGACCGUCAGGAUGUGUGAACUGGCACACACAUGCACGUGUGCACACGCACGCACACACACACAGACUACAGAGAGACAGACGCCCACAGGUGACCUAUAGGUGGCUUCCACUGUCCCUUUUAGUCUUUUAUUACACCUUCAGAAGGCCUGCCGGCCUCACCUACCACACACACAACCACGGAUUAAUUUGUCUAACAGUUUGCGUGUGAAAUGUGGGGGCUGAGAAGGGGGGAAAGGGGGGAGAGAGGGGGUUACCGGAGGUGACGCCAGUCUAAAAAUAGUUCAGAGGAGUGGAAGCGUACAGGGGAUUUCUGUAUCUAGACGGGGACCAAUGUCAUAUCUAAAAAUAACAUACAAACACUAAGGUCUUUAUAACCGUAGUUAGUACACUCAAGCCAGGGAAACAUCCUCUCUUUGAAAUAGGAGUGCACUGAGUUGUGAACCAUCCGAGUCAGUAGAUUCGUUUCCAUUGGUUAUAUAUAAAUCUCCUCAAAAGGCACUAGAUCAGUGUUCACUGAAGUGCUUCAGCUCCAAUGUUGGCUUUACAUGUUGUCGUUUACAAGGAGAUUCAGUGUCACAUACUGUAGCCCAUAUGACACUGUUUUGCUAUUGAUUGAAUUAUUUCUCUUCUCUGUAGGUAUUGGCUACGCCUCCAUUGUGAUCGUCUCUCUCCUGAACAUUUACUACAUAGUGAUUCUAGCCUGGGGACUCUACUACCUAUUCCAGUGCUUUCAGCCGGAGCUGCCCUGGGCCAAAUGCAAUCAGCCAUGGAACACAGACCGGUGCGUGGAGGACACAUUCCGCAAGAACAAGACCCUGAUGCUGGCUGCCAACAUCACCAACUUCACCUCCCCCGUCACUGAGUUCUGGGAGUGAGUUCUCACUGUCCGACAGCUGGGCUAACUCUGUUCUGACACACACAGACAAACACACACAGAGAAAAGCAGAAAAGCCUACACACAAGCAUACACAAAUCCAUACACACACAUGCAACCAUGCACACACGCACACGCAUGAGCACACACACACAUUCUGUCCACAUAUACAAAUCAAAUCAAAAGGUAACAAACAAGGUAACAAACAAACUCAAAUAAAACAGACAAACAUAAACACUACAGAUACUGUGCCUCUUCCUUAUUUGCUGUAAACAUAUAUGUUUGGAUUGGCAACAUUUCCAGAGCAGAAAGCACACUGAACUUUAAUAAACUCCCCCUCAGUCAUGAGGUUCAUUAUAUCUUUAAAUUGGAUCUUUCACUGCACUAUAUUUGGAUCAAGGGGUAUUAUCAUUUUCCUUUUCUCUUAAAAGUCCUGCCAAAUUUGUAUACUCUUGGGGAGCCACAAUCACUUAACUUCAAAUCACAGUUUACUGUAAGAUAAUGCUUAUUUACAUUUGGUCAACACAAAAUCCAACAGCAUAGAUUAUAUCUACUUUCUACCAUAUCCAUGGGCCAGACACUGAUGAGGUAGAAUAUCCCACAGAAAUAUAACACAUAGAAUGAAAAGAACAUACUGUCAUCUCUUAAUAUUCUCUCAGGGCACAGUACAUUCAGACCAAGGAGGAGCUAGAGCAGAGGAGGGUUGGUGAAAACUAAACCUCACCAGACACGUUAUUGCUUUUCAUUGCUUUGAUGUAACCCCUGUUGGCAGGAAACCUUGGUCAGGACCCACAGGAAUUAUGAUGUCACACUUGCCCUACUUAAAAAAUCAAUAAUAAUUGUAGAGCGAGAAACGUACUGUACUGUACCAUGCAGGGGUCUACAUAGGCUUACAGUUCCAUCAGAGCCUCUCCCUAAAGAUAGUCAUUGACCUGUAUCCUGUCUUUUCCCUCCCUCCAAAGACGCAACGUGCUGAGCAUCUCUUCUGGGAUCGACGACAUCGGGCCCCUAAAGUGGGACCUAGCCCUGUGUCUCCUGGCAGUAUGGAUCGUCUGCUUUUUCUGCAUCUGGAAGGGAGUCAAGUCCACUGGG